CGAGUUACCACCGAUGCGCGCGCCUUACGUACCGUUUGAUCUCAAGCCAUCGCCUUGUAACAAAAUAAAAAAGAAUCGAGGCGUGUUCAACAUCCAAAAAUCAAGUAAUUAGUUGAAUUAUCAUGGGGUACGCGUGCCCACCGUGAAAAAUGCGCGGCGCAAUCUACUUGGCUAUUUAUUCUAAUGGACAUAACAACGGAUAGUCGUAAUUUGUGUGUGUUGUGGUAUAGAUUGUGUGUGUGUGUUUCCUAUUAAUUAUACCUUCCAACUACCUUGGGACCAACCGUCGCAGCACUAUCGAUUAGCCCUAAUCCAAGAUUUGUUUGUACAUUUUAUACGUUUCGAGCGAAAAGUGUUUCGUAUGGAAGUUAAUAUUGGGACGAGUCUGCUGAGAAGAGGAAAUAAUAGGUCAAGAUGAGUGCAGAAGCAGAGGACACAACACCUACGCCCACAGCGAACCAGCCAGAUGGCACGGGGCCCCUCAUCCAGGUGCCCGUGGCUCCGCGGAAGCCACCUCGCCGGGGCCUCAAAGUCCAGCCUGAAAGGCCCAAGCGGGCCCUCUUCUGCCUCACCCUUAAGAACCCUUUGAGGAAACUGUGCAUCGAUAUUGUUGAGUGGAAACCAUUUGAAUGGAUGAUUCUGACGACAAUUUUUGCAAACUGUAUAGCGCUUGCUGUGUACACCCCAUACCCCAGCGGGGACUCCAACUACACUAACUGGGUUCUGGAAAAGAUCGAGUACAUAUUUCUAGUGAUAUUUACGGGGGAAUGUGUUAUGAAGAUCAUAGCAUACGGGUUUGUGAUGCAUCCUGGAUCAUACCUCAGAAAUGGAUGGAACUUGCUGGAUUUUACUAUAGUUGUUAUAGGUAUGGUAAGCACGGUGCUGUCGAGCAUCUUCAAAGACGCUUUCGACGUGAAGGCGCUGCGGGCGUUCAGGGUGCUCCGUCCUCUGAGGCUCGUGUCGGGAGUGCCGAGUCUGCAGAUUGUUCUGAACUCGAUCCUGAAGGCGAUGGUGCCGCUGCUGCACAUCGCCCUGCUGGUGAUCUUCGUCAUCAUCAUUUAUGCCAUCAUCGGCCUCGAGCUGUUCUCCGGCAAGAUGCACAAGUCCUGCUACAGCAGCACAUCUGGUGAAAUAAUGGACAACCCGCACCCUUGCGACACCGACAACGGGUUCAACUGCUCCUCCCUGGGCUCCGACAUGGAGUGCCGCGAGGGCUGGAUCGGCCCCAACUUCGGGAUCACCAACUUCGACAACUUCGGCCUCUCCAUGCUCACCGUGUUCCAGUGCAUCACGCUCGAGGGCUGGACUGACGUUAUGUAUAAUAUACAAGAUGCGAUGGGAAACAGUUGGGAGUGGGUGUACUUCGUUUCGAUGGUCAUUCUGGGAGCUUUUUUCGUUAUGAACCUGAUUCUCGGUGUGUUAUCUGGAGAGUUCUCCAAAGAAAGAGAAAAGGCGAAGAACCGCGGUGACUUCCAGAAGUUGCGCGAGAAGCAGCAGCUGGAGGAGGACCUGAAGGGCUACCUCGACUGGAUCACGCAGGCCGAGUACCUGGAGCCGCUCGCCGACCAGCACGACGCUGCUGACCAGAAGCGGGACUACGGGAUCGGUCAAACGACGACCGAUCACGAUUCGACGGACCACUUGGGGAUAGAAACCAAUGAGCAGCAGAAAGUGUCUAUUGGUGAGAUGUGGAAGAAGGAUUUUGAUAAAGUGAACCGGCGCACGAAGCGCGCGUGCCGGCGCGCGGUCAAGUCGCAGACCUUCUACUGGCUCAUCAUCGUGCUCGUCUUCCUCAACACCGUCGUGCUCGCCAGCGAACACUACCACCAGCCGGAGUGGCUCGACUAUUUCCAAGAGUACGGCAACGCGAUGUUCGUGGCGCUCUUCACCCUCGAGAUGUUGGUCAAGAUGUACAGCUUGGGUUUGCAGGGCUACUUCGUGUCGCUGUUCAACCGCUUCGACUGCUUCGUGGUGGUGGGCUCCAUCAGCGAGAUGGUGCUGACGAAGAGCGAGGUGAUGCCGCCGCUCGGCAUCUCCGUGCUGCGCUGCGUGCGCCUGCUGCGGGUCUUCAAAGUUACCAAGUACUGGCGGUCGCUCUCGAACCUGGUGGCCUCCCUCCUCAACUCGAUCCAGUCGAUCGCCUCCCUGCUGCUGCUGCUUUUCCUCUUCAUCAUGAUCUUCGCCCUCCUGGGGAUGCAGGUGUUCGGAGGGAAGUUCAACUAUGAUCCUGUUGAGGAAAAGGACAGACACAACUUCGACUGUUUUUGGCAAGCGCUGUUGACCGUUUUCCAGAUACUGACGGGCGAGGACUGGAACGCGGUGAUGUACGAGGGCAUCAAAGCGUACGGCGGGGUGGGCACCGUCGGGAUCGUUGCUUGUAUAUACUUCAUCAUUCUCUUUAUUUGCGGCAACUAUAUUCUGCUGAAUGUGUUCUUGGCUAUCGCUGUGGACAAUUUGGCAGAUGCUGAAUCGUUAACAAACAUAGAGAAAGAAGAAGGCCAAGCUCCAGAAGAGAAAGAAGGUGGUAGCGUCGUGGCUGAAGGUGGUCAGGCGGAUACUGAUGAUGAAUAUAUUCACGAUGAAGAUGUAUAUACUAGUGAUAAUUCAGAAAGAGAAUAUGAAGAAGGUUCAGAAGGUGAGAACCAAGAUGAGAUAGAUGAACAGGAUGAAAUAAUAGAGGAUGAGGAGACGGAGGAGAGGCUUGAGGAGGAACAGGAGCAAGAGGACGUGGAUAUGAUGGACAGUCACCAGAGAAACCAUAUAGUGAACACAGAUUUCGAAGAAGAGCCGCGUUUGAAACGAAAGCCGACUACUUCCUCGGCUCGGCCGCGCAGGCUCUCUGAGGUCGAUAUCCAGAACUCAGCGAAACCAAUACCCGAUGCUUCUUCAUUCUUCAUAUUUUCCAAAACCAACAGACUAUUGAAUUAUGUUUCUAUCGAAGACGGCGGUGAAGAAGAGGAAGGGAAACUAGUAACCGCCAGACCACGGCGGAUGUCCGAACUGAAUAUGCCCAAUCAGACGCCGCCAAUACCGAACGCUAGUAGUUUCUUCAUAUUCUCACCAACGAACAGGUUUCGAGUGUUAUGCUACAAGUUGUCGGCAUCUUCGACAUUUGGCAAUAUUAUAUUGGUGUGCAUCAUGCUGUCUUCCGCCAUGUUGGCGGCUGAAGAUCCCUUGGAUGCAGCACAAAAGGGUUUCAGGAAUUAUUUCUUGCAAUUAACUAUGAAUGGGCUUAAUUUUGUUUUGUUUCAGGGUAAAUUUUUUAAAUGUAAUGAUAUUUCCAAAAUGACAAAAGAAGAAUGUCAGGGAACAUAUUUAGUGUUUGAAAAUCGUAAUUAUGUAGUAAGAGAUAGAGAAUGGAAGAGAAAUGAUUUCCAUUUUGAUAAUGUUAUGAAAGGAAUGCUCACCCUCUUCACUGUAUCCACUUUUGAAGGAUGGCCAGGGUUACUAUAUGUAUCUAUAGAUUCAAAUGCUGAGGACCGUGGUCCUAUCACUAACUUCCGUCCAAUUGUCGCUGCGUAUUAUAUUAUUUAUAUUAUUAUAAUUGCCUUCUUUAUGGUGAAUAUAUUCGUCGGUUUCGUCAUAGUGACAUUCCAGAACGAGGGUGAGCAAGAGUAUAAGAACUGUGAGUUAGAUAAGAAUCAGAGGAAUUGCAUAGAAUUCGCUUUAAAAGCUAAACCUAUAAGGAGAUACAUACCGAAGCACCGCAUCCAGUACAAGGUGUGGUGGUUCGUGACGUCACAACCGUUCGAGUACGCGAUCUUCGUGCUGAUCAUGAUCAACACGAUCACGCUCGCGAUGAAGUACCACAACCAGCCGGCUGAGUACAGCAAGGCGUUGGACUUGCUUAACAUGAUAUUCACCGCGGUUUUUGCUUUAGAGUUUAUUUUCAAACUCGCCGCUUUUAGGUUCAAGAACUACUUCGGAGACGCCUGGAACACAUUUGAUUUCAUCAUAGUUCUGGGCAGCAUCAUAGACAUCGUUGUGUCGCAAGUAAACGAACUUAAGAAUCAGGGGAGUGGCCCGCCGAGAGCACACGUUGUUAAGGAAAGUUCGAUACCAUCCAUAAACUUCUUCCGGCUGUUCCGCGUGAUGCGUCUCGUGAAACUGCUGUCCCGCGGCGAGGGCAUCCGCACCUUGCUGUGGACCUUCAUCAAGUCGUUCCAAGCGCUGCCCUAUGUCGCUCUGCUGAUUUUGAUGCUGUUCUUCAUAUACGCUGUUGUUGGGAUGCAGGUGUUUGGUAAAAUAGCGAUAGACGACGAAUCGCCUAUAACUCGCAACAAUCACUUCCAGACGUUUCCGCAAGCCAUCCUUGUGUUAUUCAGAUCGGCUACAGGCGAGGCGUGGCAGGACAUAAUGAUGGGCGUGUCCCCCGAGCCGGAAGUGCGCUGCGACCCGAACUACCGCGACGAGGGCGACGACGCGGCCGGCUCCUGCGGCUCCGUGCUCGCCUUCCCCUAUUUCAUCUCCUUCUACGUGCUCUGCUCCUUUCUGAUUAUAAAUCUGUUCGUCGCCGUCAUUAUGGAUAACUUCGACUAUUUAACUAGAGACUGGUCAAUCCUGGGACCACACCACUUAGAUGAAUUUAUAAGAUUAUGGAGCGAAUAUGAUCCUGACGCAAAGGGUCGAAUAAAACAUUUAGAUGUAGUUACUCUGUUGAGGAAAAUUAGUCCGCCUUUAGGGUUCGGCAAGCUGUGCCCGCACCGCGUGGCGUGCAAGCGGCUCGUGUCGAUGAACAUGCCGCUCAACUCGGACGGCACUGUGCUCUUCAACGCCACCCUCUUCGCCGUCGUUCGCACUUCGCUCAAGAUCAAAACUGAGGGCAACAUUGAUGACUGCAAUACGGAACUAAGGGCGGUGAUCAAGAAGAUUUGGAAGCGCACAUCACCAAAACUGCUGGACCAAGUUGUACCUCCGCCAGGCGACCCCAACGAAAUCACCGUUGGAAAGUUUUACGCCACGUUCCUCAUUCAAGACUAUUUCAGAAGGUUCAAAAAGCGCAAAGAGCAGGAGACAAGAGCAAGUGCCGGUGGGGAGGCGGCUCAGCAGAUGACCUUGCAGGCUGGACUCAGAACCUUGCAUGAAGCUGGACCGGAACUGAAGCGGGCCAUCUCAGGCUGUCUGGAUGAUGUGGAUGCUAAUUUAGACUUGCCUAUGCAUAGGCGAAACCAUUCGCUAUUCGGAGGUGUGUGGUCAAGCAUACGACGUCACGGCCCCAAUAGAAAUAAUAUGAACAGACCGCGGAAACCAGGAGAGCCUCCUUUAGAAGCUGUUGGUAAUCAUCUUAGUUCUAUGAUGCAAAAGGAAUACGGAGUCGGACCAUUGCCUCUCACACCAAACUUGGCGAACGGACAGCCAAAAGAACAAAUACCGAUGCGGCCCUUAAUAUUAAAUGGAGAAUCGGAAAAGAUAUACCAAGUGCUUGACAACCAGCGGUCCAACUACCCCGAGAUGCUCGGCCAGAUAGGGCUCGCGUUCGGCUGCGUCAACUACCUGUCGGCGCCCGACCCCGCGGCGCGGGCGCCCGGCGUGCGCCAGAAGAUCCACCCCGAGGGCGGCGCCGCCCUCGACAAGUCGCUGCCGCGCGGCGCCUCGCCCGACGACAAGUCGCCCUCGCCCUCGCCCGACACCAUCCAGCCCAAGAUCUCGCCGCUGCUGGCCGGCGACGUCACGCCCGCCGCCGACUCGCGCACCAUGACCCUCUACGGCUACAACGCGGCCGCCAAGCUGCCGUUCGCCUUCUCGCACGGGCGCGGCGCGGGCGCGGGCGCGGCGCCGGGCGCGGCGGGGGCGCCGGGCGCGGGGCGGCGCGGGGCGCGGGCGGCGCGGGGCGCGGCAGGUCGGAUGGUGCGCAGCGCGUCGUCGGGCGCGGCCUCGCAUGCGCCGCCGCAGCGCCAAGUAGAUCGACCGCACUCGCCAGGCGGUGAUAGCACAGGCCGGGGGGUGAUGUCGCUGCCGGGCAGUCCCCGGAACAGCUCGUCGGUACCCGUCGUGGGUUCCGCUGAGAGCUUAGUCACCAGGGUACUAACUGAACAAGGGUUAGGAGAUUACUGCGAUCCAGAGUUCGUCAGGAAUACAUCAAGGGAAAUGCAGGAAGCAUUGGAUAUGACACAAGAACAAAUGGAUAGGGCGGCGCACCAAUUAAUGAUACAAGAAAGAAACAUAAAACACGCACAGAACCAACAACCACAAGUUGGGGCCAUUUGGACUGUUAUAGGGCGACGUGCUGGCCCGCCAGCAGCACCCCUUCCACCAGCCGCGCGAGCGGUUAUAGCACCCACCCCCCCGCCCCCCGGCGACACACACAGGCCCAAGCGGAAGCGGAAACCUGUGCUCGUCUAACGCUAAACUAGAUCUUAUUAACGGUUUACACACCCUCUACCUUAGGUGGUCAUGCUCAAAUUUUCGUUAAUUUUACUCUAGAUCCCUAGUCUUUUUGAUGAAUUUGUUUGACUCGACCAGGCGGAACAAAUUAGGUACUAUUUAGAAUUACUGUGUACACAAAGUGAGAUUCGUAGAGUAGGUUUAAAUUUUAUAGGGUAAGGACGUGUUGGAUGAUGGACUACGGCGUUCUGUUCGAUUUCCCUUUAUCUGCUCCUUUGUGAUAAAUAAUUACAACCUUAAAAUACAAAGAAAAAUUUACACUUGCAUAUAUUAUUUAAAAACUCUCUUUAUUGGGACGCUUAUUAAAAAUAAUGUACCAAAAAUUUCGAAUAAAAUUUAUGUCUUGGACCUGAAGCCUAUUUCUUAGUUUUAAUGAUAGAAUUUUCUGGUUGGAAAAUCCCAAUGGCGAGUAAUACCUACGACUAUUAGAAAUACAAUUUCAGUAUUAGACAUGAGGUUAGCUAAAACUUAACUAUCUAGUUAGCACAUUAGGCCUGAAUAGUCUUAAAAAUCCCUUGAUACCGUCAGACUGAACGUAGUGUUGCUAGGCAUUUUUAAUUUAAAUGUUCUACCAUAACUAUUGAAAAUUUGUACCUACUCCGGACGUUUAUUCUAAAUCAGAAGUCUAAUGACAAUAUGAAAUUAAAGACUUGAUUGUAAAAUAUAUUUUAAACAGUUUUAUAGUUCUAUAAUACGUAUUUCUUGACCUACUUUCUUCCACUCUCGAUGAAUCAAAAAUAAUUCUCAGCCUACCCGCAAUUUUGUAAAAAAAAUUAUCUGUAUAACUAAAUAAAAAUCCGAUUAGGUAUUGAGACUUAAAAUUGCUGAGAUUGAUUAGAAACAGCUUUAAAUCUUAGCUAUUUAUCUGUUUUAGGAAGUACCUUAUUAGACUUUUGAUGUUAAAAAUCUUAUACAGUAUCCGCGUUAGUCAUGGUAUUUAGAAAAAUUGCGAGGUACAAAAAGUAAAGAUACCUAAUAUAAAAUCAUUACGUUUACCUACUUUUAAGGAUCCAAGAAACAACCAAUUCCUUCCAUUCGUUUCCAUUUUGUAAAAAAAAAAUAAUAAUUAAAUGAAAAGACAGUAACAACGGCACAUAAAUUUAUAUUAUAUCUCGCAAAAACUCAGAAAUAAAUCGGCGAUAGUAUUCCGAAUAAUGUGUAGAUAGAAUUAAAUUUGUAAAACUUGCAACACUGAAUUAUAUACGUACUUUUUAAAUGUUCGGUGCUGCAAGUUAAUCGCUGUAGGUGUAGGGAUUCCCCUAGUAAGUGCCCUUUUAAAAUCGAUGUAAAUUUUAAAUUAAUAAUUAAAUAUAUUAUCAAUUUUGUCCGUUUUACCACAAAUCACAUUCCUUAGGGUUAAGAUUUAUCCAAAACAUCAUUGUUCCUUCCUUCCUGAUCUACAGACCUAUAUUUUUACUUUGUUUUACUGAAAUGGAAUCUUUUGUUAGAAUUUUUGCUAACAAAUAACGUGGUUUCGAAAUAAUCGUCACGCACAAAUACGUGUAUAGGGUGGUGUCGAUAUUGAGCCUUACACCAUCUGUAUGCAAUGCUUCCAAACAUCAUGUUAGGUGCCAACUAAUUGUUUAUUUAAUUUGAGAUUUUGUGUGAUUUUAUUAGAAAAAUCUAUUGUAAAAAUAUUUCCUAGCAAGUAUCAUACCUAAUGCCUUAUGGUGUUUUAAAUGUUAAUUUUAUAAUUUAAAGUCUAUAUUUAAAAUUGUUGUCAAACCCAUAUAGUUUAUAGUUAAAAUUCAAAAGUGUUAUUUCUAUGUCCACUUUUGUAUUAAUGCAAUGAAUUGUUGACGGCAUCUUAGAAUGUAAUAACCAGUUACCAAUAUUUCCAAAAUGUUAGUUUAAUUUCGUUAUAAUAUGUCCAACAAUUUUAAUUUUGUCUGUAACUUAGACAUAAUAUAUCGGUCACAUCCCAGGCUAAUCAAUGUGCGUUAUGAAAAAUUAAAUAAUAUAAUUAAAUUGUUCAAUGAAUGUAAAUAUUGUACAAAAUGAUUGACUUUAAAAAUUUGAAUUUUCUAAUGAGUUUUAUAUUUCAAUUACAAGCUAGCAUAAUUAAAUUUCUAUUGAACUUUUUAUGUGUCGAGUUGAAACAAUUGUUUUAAAUUUGACUUGAAUGUGAAAUAUCCAAGAGUCGGAAAAUGUUUACGCUUCCAUAAUUCUUUACCUUUUUAUUGAUUGCUUGCAGCAUAUAAAUUGUUUUACUGGAUAUAAAAUAGUACGUAUAGAAUUUGUUAAGUUCCCUAUUUUAUGCACAUGAGUGAAGGAAAAUUAGAAAAAUAUGAAAAUGACAAAUUUGAUUGAAGGUUGAAUUUGAAUUUUAAUUACAUGUUUAACCAUCAAAUCUAACAUCAGUCAGAAGCUGCAAAUGAAAAUAAACUGUUGUUUUAACCAAGUUUUGACUUAGAAACAGACACAGUGUAAAUAUUAUAUUAAAAAAAUUAUAUUUACUCCGUCAGGCAUAUUAAAUGGGAAAUGUUUAAUUAAUUAUCUAUAUUUAUUGUUUAAAAUUAUAUUGUAAAGUUGUUUUCAUAUGAAUAAAAAAGAAAUCUCA